AUGACCAAGAUCCAGGCUCUAGUGCUGGGACAGCUGGGAUCAGUCACCCAGGUGGAAAACUUCACAGGAACUGUGUGGGGGUUCUGUCCCCUCCCUGCUGCCAAGCUGGAUUUUCUGCAGGUGAAGCAUCUGAAGAGGAAGAGGAAGAGUAAUUACAGUGUGAGAGAGACACAGACUCUCAUCAGGGAGAUCCACAAGAGAAGGGAGGUGUUGUUCUCCAGACAGCAGAACACAGCCAUUAAUGAGCUGAAGAGACAGGCAUGGGAGGAAGUGGCACGAGGCGUCAAUUCACUUGGGGAAGGAGAGCUUCGCACUGCUGCUGAGGUGAAGCGCCGUUACCUGGACUGGCGUUCGCUGAUGAAGAGAAAACAACUUCAGGCUGAGCUCUCUCUCUCCUCCUCAUCCUCCUCUUUGCCCCUGAAGACGGAGUAUGAUCCAUCCUCCCCUGAGCAUGAAGCUGCCUCUCUGGGAUCCGGGUGUGACCAGCUGCUCGACCUCUCGGGCUUCCCAAAGGACUGUCACUGCGACUGGCCGGAGCUGGCGUCUCUCAGCGAGCCGAGCGGGCAGGCCAUGAUGGCACCGCUUGGCGUGAAGAUGGAAGAUGAUGUUGUUGAAUACAGACUGGAUGGCGAUGCUGAUAUGAGAGAUGGAGAUGGGGAAUUAGAUGAAGAUGAUAUUCCCUCCCUCCUCAGCGACAUAGAGUCACACAGCGACGGACACAUUGCCGAGGUCUACUCCCACAACGACUUCGAGAUACUCAGCUCCUCUAAAGCUCCGACCUCCACCACCAGCCGAGACCUGCCGUCGGGUGGUGGCCUGAUGGGGAUAUCGGCUCAUGCUUUUGGUGGACUAUCCAGUCAUGAGAACAUGGGAGCAGGGAUUCUGGUUAGUGUGGAAAAACAGCGUUUGGAGCUGGAGAAACAGCGCCUGGCUGUGGAAACUGAACGCCUGGUAGUGGAGAAAGAGAGGCUGGUGGUGGAGAAGGAGCGUCUCCGUCAAAUGGAGGUAGAGCGGGAGAGGCUGCAGCUGGAGAGAGAGAGAUUACAGGUGGAGAGGGAGAGACUGAGAAUUGUGCUACUCAACCAAUCGGAACAUGUUGAGUCCCCUUUUAACCUGCCGCAACAACAAGGCCCCCCCUCUUCCUCCACGUCGUCUUUAUCCUCCACUCAUGACGGACAGAGGGAGAGAGAGAAGCAAGGUAAAGGGUGGAUGUCGGUGGUGGAUCUGGAGACAGAACGGAUAAAACUGGAGAAGGAGAGACUGCAGUUAGAGAAAGAGAGACUGCAGUUUUUCAGAUUUGAGGCAGGCAGACUGCAGAUUGAAAGAGAGCGCCUCCAAGUGGAGAAAGAAAGAAUGCAGUUGCACAAGGAUCAUCAGAGCCUCUGAGAUCAUAACUACAUGGGAAGCAUUUGAUUUUCACCA